AUGACAUUUGUGCGUGAUGGGAGGAUUCAAAGUUUUUUUGAGAUGAACAGUAAAAGAAACCACAGAUCGUUUGUGGUGGUGAUGGGAGAAGGAGGCAAAAACAAACUGGGCCAUAUACACAAGGCAUUGCAGGACAAUUCGUUUGGAACAGUUGGCGCAAUAGUAUGGUGCCAUAAAAGCGAUGUGGUGAAAAAAAUGAACAAGGAAGCGGAGCUCAUGAAGAAGCAAAAGAAUAACUACACCACGGAAGAUUGCGAUGACGAUGUUUUUUCGUUCAUAAGAUCAAACGAAAUCGACUUUGUUGAAUACAAAGAAAGCGAAAGGAUUCUUGGCAGAACAGUGGACAUGCUAAUUCUGCAAGACUUUGAAGCGUUGUCACCGAACCUAAUAGCAACAAGCAUGGAGACUGUACGAGGAGGUGGUGCAAUCGUUCUAUUGCUCGAUAGCGCCACUUCAAUAGAAACGCUUGUUUCUCGUAGGACAGAUGGGCAUCUGGAGAUUGGCAUUGCUGAAGAAUUCAAGCCAAGAUAUAAUCGGAGACUGUUCAAGCUGCUAAUGAGCUCAAACUUUGUACUGUUUGUUGAUGAGCGGCUCAAUGUAUUGGACAUAAGCCGCACAAAUCUCAAGGCACCAUACUGUGGCGAUUCGAAUCAAGACCCAGUCGGUGUAGCAUGCAUAGAUGAAGAUCACACUUUGAAAAGACUCAGCAAAACAAAUGAUCAAUUGGAAGUAAUCAAAACCAUCUUUGAGGUUCUUGAGAGCUGUAACGACAGAACCAUUGUUUCAAUCACUGCAUCCAGGGGACGAGGAAAGUCUGCAGCAUUGGGGAUUUCGAUAGCACAUGCAAUAAACACUGGGGUCAUGCACAUACUUGUUGCAUCUCCUGUGAUCGAGAAUGUCAAGACUGUCUUUGAGUUUGCAGUGUCCGGACUCGAGGCGCUUGGAUACACAAAAUAUGUCGACUUCAAGAUAAUCUAUCAGUUCCGAGGAAACCGAAGGCUUGCCUAUAAAAUACAGAUCACAAAGACAAAAAAGCAGGUUGUGGAGUAUUUCAAUCCGUUGGAUGAUCUCAAGAAGUAUCCAGACAUGAUGGUGAUUGAUGAAGCAGCAGCCAUUCCACUGACAUCCCUGAUGAGGCUCGUGAAUCCCAACCUUGUCGUAAUGGCAACAACAAUCAGCGGAUACGAAGGAACAGGAAGGGCGUUCUCCAUCAAGUUGACUGAAUUUCUCAGAAAGAGCAGCAUAGAAUCAAACACAUUUAUAUAUAAAGAAAUAACAAUGAAAGAGUCGAUAAGAUAUGGUGCUGAAGAUCCAGUGGAGCGUUGGCUAUACAAGGCUUUGCUACUGGAUGUGUCUGCACCAAAGAUCGAAGGAUGCCCAUCACCAUCAGAAUGCAAGCUUUUUCAUGUUGAUAGAGAUGCCCUGCUUUCUGGUAAGGCAUCGACCGAAAAGUUUCUGAGCAAUGCAUUUUCUUUGUUUGUUUCCUCACAUUACAGAAACAGUCCGAACGAUCUUCAAAUUCUUGCUGAUUCUCCACGGCAUGAAAUGUUUACGCUUGUGACUCCGGUAAGGGAUGAUGGAAAAGAGCUUCCAGGUGUGAUGUGCUCAAUUCAGAUUGCGUUUGAGGGCAGGUGCAAACGAACAAAUCAUCUCAGAGAGGGCAAUCUUAUACCAUGGGUUGUUUCUGAGGAGUAUCUUGAUCCGUUAUUUCUGGAGAGCUAUGGAAUUCGGAUUGUCAGAAUGGCUGUACAUCCUGAAUACGCACGAAUGGGAUACGGAACCAUGGCACUGAAGCUGUUGAUCGAUUCCAUUUGUAAGAGUGCACAAAAUGAGUUGUGCAGGGAUGUAAAAAGCAGGCCAGAUGAUAUGAAUGGCCAGCCAGUGAUGAGAAUUCAAAAUGAAGUAGAGGGAAAGGUUCUACUGCAUGGAAUGGACGAAGUCGUGCUUCCGUAUGUGGAAUGGAUUGGUGCAUCCUUUGGACUUACAGAAGACUUGCAUCGGUUUUGGUCGAGAAACGGAUUUUUGCCUAUUUGUAUAAAGCAAAUGAUUACUCAAGAAACAGGGGAGCAUUCGUCUAUAUUUAUUCGGCCACUGGAUGCAACUGAAAAUGCAAGCAUUGCAUUGUAUAAUGAAAUGUUUGUGCUCAGGUUCAUUAGGUUGCUGUCUGGUAGCUUCAGGUAUUUUACACCAACCUUGUCGCUUUCAUUGAUAGGAAUGGAUGCAAAAGAGCAUGAUGCAAAAGAGCCAAUGCUGCUUUUUUGUGAAAACGAUGUAAUGAGAAUGAAGCAAGUAGCAAUAAGGAAAGCAGAUAUAAGCAUUGCCAUCGAUCUUAUACCUGAAGUAUCAAAGUUGUAUUUCCGUGGGCACUUGAAGCAGGAACUAUCGAUUCUUCGAAAAUCAGUGCUGUUGAUGGUUGGGUGUCAGAAUAGAAGCAUAAAUGAAACAGCAUUAUAUCUUACACUUAAGCCAUUCCAGGUUUCAAAUAUCUUGGCAAAGGUACUAGAAGCUCUUAUUGAUGGCAUUGAAAAGCACACAUAUACUGCUAAUAUUGAAUACAAAGAAAGAUAA